AUGUACUGCAACAAAAAACAAACAUAUCAUUGGUUAGCCAGUAGCGAUCCAAUACCGAUGACUCCUAAACCACGUAUUCACCAACAAAAGGUUUUACUGUGUGUAUGGUUGACUACAUCAGGUAUCGUUCACUAUGAGUUGCUACCAGGUGGACAAAGCAUUAGUGCUGAGAUAUAUUCAGCCCAAUUGGACAGAGUUUUGGUUGCUCUUCACCAAAAACAAGCAGCUUUGGCGAACAGAAAAGGUGUUGUAUUCAACCAGGACAACGCCAGACCGCACACCUCUAAAAUCACGCGGGAAACUCUAGUACGUUUACAAUGGGAGAUUCUACCUCACCCUCUGUAUUCACCAGAUCUUACCCCAAGCAACUAUCACCUGUUUUUGGCCCUGGAUAAUCAUAUGAGGAAUCGACAGUUUUAA